AUGAACGGUAGAGAUAUGUUCGCGUGUCCUCCGAAUUAUUUCAACAAUUCCCUAUUCACUGUCGCGGAUAAUCAAAAUCUCCAAUAUGUGGGUGCGAGCAUUUCACCUGAACCAUGCACUUCGACGUACAAUUUCAACCUCGAACACACACUUCAAGAAAUUCUCGGAAAGAUUAAAAUUCUGGAAGAGAUGUCGAACAAAGAUUUCCAGCAACAUAUCAUCUCAGAGUUCAAAGCGCUUGAGGAACGACUAAACGAUAUGAUCAGCUGUCGCUUUCAAGGAUUGGAGCAACGUUUGCAUGAUAUUCAGGGACACUUCGGGCUCCUUAAUGAUCGUCUUUUGCCCAGACAGCCAUUGUUCCUCUAUUCAUUUGUACCUUACGAAAAGGUGCAAUCAGUAUUCCACGAGAACCGAGAGAGUCCUGUUCGUUUCGCUCUGGCUCUGGAACCGUUGGUCUACGCUGCCGAACCAUGGGAAAUGCAAAUCCCAGUGAAUAAGAGGAUAAGAUCAGCAGCAAAAGUUGAGUUCAUUAGAAAUUGCGUAUUUCGUCAUUUCAACGUCCCAAAUGAACUACAGGAGGAUAUCUGGAAGAAUGUCCGAGUUUCUUUGAAUUGUCGUGCUCGACGUCAUCGAACAAGCGCUCGAUCCACACCCAUUUCCGGUUUCCGCACCUCCACACCGAUUCUACUUGAAAUUGAAAGCGAUGACUCGAAUGAGAACGGAAAUAAGUGA